AUGGCGCUUCGAUUGCGUAAGGAUGUCCAGAAGGCGUCCUACUACGUGUGGUUCCUUGGCGCACAGGAGGCCAAGGCACUGCGAGGCACCCGGACGCUUCUACCGAUGAUCCCUCGCAUGGUAGAGAAGGCAAAGGAGCAGGAACCACUCAAGGUGACAUUGCAGGUGUCGCACAAGGGAUUGAAGAUCGUGCAGGGCUCGGCUAAGCACUUCAUCCCACACGGAGCCAUCACCUGUUCGGUGCAGACAGAGGACAUCGUGGCCUGCACGUUGCUGUUGUACAAUCCGGCCACCAAAUGUCCGCUGCACGUGCACGCGUACCGUUGCGACUCGGAACACACCGCACAGGCCCUGCACGAGCAGCUGCAGGUGUUGAUUAACCGGCCGGAAAAUCAGAAGCGAUUCACUGAACUGGAAGCACGGUUGGGUUUGGCGGCUCAAUUGACCGGUGGUGGUCCAGGGCCGGUGGUGGAUGGACGUAAGCGUGCAGUCCGACGGUUCGAGUCUCCACGACGUUUCCCGGAUUCAUCGCACGGAAGUGACACCGGUACGGCUAGCACGCGUGAAUCCGAGUGUUCCGAGGAUCAGCAACAUCAGUCGCAGCAUUCACCUACAUCAGGACCUGUGUCGCCGCUCGUCAGUCAGUCAAAGUUGUACGAUUCCUUGGCGGCUGAGCUGCGAGAGAAGCUGAGUGGAGGUGUUCCACUGCUGUUGCCCACGAAGGACGCUCCUGAGCACAAGAACCACGGACCUCCGGCACAAACUGAUGCUGCUGCACGACGAUUCCGGAACGGAUGUUUGGCCGGCUCGAUCACCCCGGUUACGGGUGGCAACCAGAAGCACGGCGUGUCGUCUCGCGGAUCUUCCGGCAUCGGUUCCGACCUGGCCCCGAGCCCGGAACGCCACGAACCGCAGAGUUCCAGCGAAGACGAAUGGGUGAACGACCAGGAACCGGCCCUGAACGGGUCGGGGCAACACCACUCUGGCAGUCGGCGGCUCGAUCGCUAUCUGGAUGAUCAACCGGUGACGCGUAUGAGCAAGUAUCGGGAUGCGCCGCCUCCGACGACCUAUCUGUACCCAAAUGUACGGGACGAGCCGGGUCGUGGACGACACCAACGCUCCUCCAGCCGAGAGGAAGACCGCAGUCUGCAAGGAUCGGUGAAUUCACGCGAGGAAGAAGUGAAACCCAUCAUCACCAACCACACGCCACGGUAUCGGAACGCGUUCAAACCGGUGGACGGAUAUGGGCUAGAGGACCGGAAGAAAAAAGUCGCCCAGCUGGAGGAGAAGUACAUGGACGAACGGGACGGAGGUGGUCGACGAAGUGGCCGCUAUCCAAAUGCCGAUGAUCGCGAUCGUGGAGAAGUUGGGUAUGAGUAUGGCAAGCCAACGCAGCAGCACGUUUCGGGACGUUACUUCGAGGAUGAGUACGAACGGGAGCGAUACCGCGAGAACCUAACUGAUCGGCAGAAGUAUCGCGAGAUCUCCGCCGACAGUGGCAAAUACCGUGGGGAGCGUCGUGGACCAGCUCAGGUGGCGUAUGCCGAUCGAGUCGACUACCGCGAGUACUCGCCGGAGCGCAUACAAGCGCCUGCACCGGGCAGAACUAGCAAGUACACCCGGCCGGAUCACUUUGUCGAGCGGCAGGAUUUCAAGGUCGAGCGAGAGGGUUACCGUCGUUCGCCACCAACGCACAAAGCUGGCGAUCGACUGCGGUACGCUCAUGACGAUGAAGAAGAUGACGGAGACCGCCGGCAGAUGUACAAUGAGCCUGAGUAUCGCGAGGAGGCACCAAAACGUGGCGGAUACAAGCUGGCGGACAAGUACGAGGAGCGCUGGAGGCAAGAGAUGUCUGGAGGAUACGCUGGAGAGCACGAACCUGUCUCUGGCCGGCGAUAUCAUCGCGAGGAACCACCACCGAAACACGGACAAUCGACUACUGCUGCGACUCCUGCGAUGGCUGACUCGUGGAAGCCGGAACCACGCAAAAAGUCCGUCGAGAUACGGACCAGCUCGCCCGAGUCCACGAUGCACCGUAUCUCGCCGAAGGACCGUUUCCAGACGGCGAAGGAGAAGUUCCAGCAGAUGGAGCGUGAACGUCACGAGCAGGAGCGACUUGAACAGGAACGUCUCGAGAGGGAACGACUGCUGCAUGCCAAGCGUCCUCAGGCCGAACACGCACCGAUGGUUCGUCGAGGUUCGCUGGAACCUGCGGCCGUCAGUUCGCACGAGAGUAACGGCUGGAGCUCGGAUGAGGAGCCUCCAGCACCGAGAGGACAUCCGCGAUCGAAUGGAAGCCUUAAUGGAUCGGGUUACCGAGAGCUGACACCGGAAGAGCGCUAUCCGGGGUUGGAUCGAGAACCGCGGAUGGAUGCCGGACGUCGCAUGAUGCCGGCCAAGAGCUUGACUAACCUCGUGAAGGGCUAUCGACACAGUUACGCUGAACCGCGUCCUCCUCCAGUGUCGCGUAGCAGCGGUCGUGUCGGUUUGGCAGCUGUCAAUCCGUACUAGAGACUGCGCAGGACAACACCGACCAACAAAUAC